ACCCAGCGAGACACACAAGCUGGUGGUCGUGGGCGGCGGCGGCGUCAAGAAGAGUGCGCUGACCAUCCAGUUCAUCCAGUCCUACUUCGUUUCUGACUACGACCCCACCAUCGAAGACUCCUACACCAAGAUCUGCACCGUGGAUGACGUCCCGGCCAGACUGGACAUCCUGGACACCGCGGGCCAGGAGGAGUUUGGCGCCAUGCGGGAGCAGUACAUGCGCGCCGGGCACGGGUUCCUGCUGGUGUUUGCCAUUAACGACCGGCAGAGUUUCAACGAGGUGAGCAAGCUCUUCACGCAGAUCCUCCGGGUCAAGGACCGCGACGACUUCCCCAUCGUGUUGGUCGGGAACAAGGCGGACCUGGAAGCGCAGCGCCAGGUCCGAGGCGCCCGGGGACCCCCGUCUCAGCCUGGGAGGGUGGCACACCCCCCUGUCUCUCUUCACAUCAGCAUCCUCCUCUGGCCGGUGUGACCCUGCCCCGUCCACUGUCACACACGUCCCUGGAUGUGUCGCCCCCCAAGCCGGUCGCUCUGAGUCCCCGG